AUGACAGUCGGCGGAGGCGCUUUCAGUUCUCUCAAGUUCUCCUCCCUCAUCUCAUGGAAAUCCACAGGCAAGUUGCAGCAAACAGUAGCUAACUGUAUAGAGAGAGCUGGACGAGCACUUCACUCGGGCAAGCUCUCAACCGUCAAAAUUUCUCCAGAGGCUGCCCGCACCGGCCGGUAUUUCGUUUUCAAGUCGAAUAUUGUUCGCGCAUCGAUUGCCCACGCUGUGAAAGAGACUCCUCUAUGUACUACACUGUCUAAAGAGGGGUAUUCAAUUCGUACAGUCGAGCAUUUGCUCUCGGCUCUGGAGGCCACCGGCGUCGAUAAUUGUCGCAUUGAAAUUGAAAGCUCGGACCCCUUUGAUCAAUCGGUGGAGGUUCCUGUUUUUGAUGGGUCAGCAAGAGAAUGGGUGGAGGCAAUUGAUCAAGUUGGAUUAAAGGUGGCCAUAGAUUGUGGUGGUAGUAGCUGUGAAAAAUUGGCACCUUUUCUUAACCAACCGGUUCAUGUGCGAAAAAAUGAUUCUUUUAUGGUGGCAUACCCUCAUUCAAAAGUCAACAUCACAUAUGGCAUUGACUUCCCACAGGCACCGGCUAUUGGCCGUCAGUGGUUCUCUUCCACCCUGUUGGAUGUAUCUUUCUACUCAAAGCAAAUAGCUUCUUCAAGAACCUUUUGCAUUUACGAAGAGGUGGAACAUAUGCGCAGCUUAGGACUUAUUAAAGGGGGUUCAGCCGAAACUGCCAUAAUAUGUAGCGUCACUAGAGGCUGGUUGAAUCCACCGUUGCGUUAUGAUGAUGAGCCUUGUAGGCACAAAGUUUUAGAUCUUAUUGGCGAUCUUUCCCUUUUUGCAAAAGAUGGCAGUCAAGGGCUUCUGGUGGCUCACAUUAUAACUUAUAAGGGUGGACAUUCAUUGCACACGGAGUUUGUUCGUUGCCUAUCAGGAAUCAGUGAAAAGGAUGGUGCUUAG